AUGUUGGAUACAGGUUUCUCAUAUAUGGCCUUUAUUAUGGUGAGAGAAAGUGAUCCAGCUGAUAACAUUCUCAAACAUUCAGAAGAUGAGGCUCCAAAUGACUUCAGUGUGGAUAGAGAGCCUGCAUUUGCUGAAUCAGAUACGAUUGCUCAGGUCGAAAGCAACCCAACGGAUCUGGAGCUAGACACAGCAAAUGAGCGGGAGCGUGCUGUUCUUCAACCCACAGAAAACAAUGAGCUCAAAGUAGAGGAGAACGAAGAGGAACCCCAAGAAGAUUUAAAACAAGAUUCCCAUCUAGGAGAGAUUCACACUCGUAGUAGAGAGGUCUUUGCUAUGUCAGGAUUAGGGAGAGUUACCCCUCCGGAUACACCACUAGCAAAUGUGAAUGGAACUAAUCCAACGACUCCCUCACCCAAUAGACCAAGUGUCAACUCAGGAAACAUUCAGGGGAAAACUGGAAAGACUUAUUAUGUCAACAUAAAUUACAAAAUCCCUUUCCGGUUCUCACUUUCUUGGAGAAUACCAUUUACUAACACUCAUGAGAGGCGAAGGAUGUUCCUUCGCAUGGUGUGUGAGGGAUAUUUCGCUCACAUUUUAGGCCAUCAUAAUACCAGGCAGGUGAAGCCAAGAUUUAGAGCACUUCUCAUAGACUCCAAUGCUUCCAGGAAUGGUGAGAGAGCCACAAUAUUUAGAAGACCCCUGAGGGUGCACUUCUGCAAUGGCCUCUGUGAGAGAAAUGCAAGCAAAAAAUAUCCACAUCACCUGACGCUGACAAGGAGAAAUUUCCACAGACCAAAUGACGAUUUGAGAGUGAUGAUCACCCUCACCGAUGAUGGUUGGAAAUACGUCUGUCCCAUUUGCGGGAGCACUUUUGACAGUCUAGCUGAACUGAGAAUCCACUCCGCAGCUUUCUGGAGGACUAAGUUCCACUGGGGGUGAAUUUCUUUUAAAAUGUAACUUCUGAAAUUCAAAAUGUGGCUUCCCAAUUGACACACAUUUGCAUAGCCUAAGUCUUAGUAGGGUUAGAUGGAGUUGCAGAUGGAAACACAAAACAAUUGGAUAUAUCAAAAGGACACACCUUGAGAAAGAAACAGCUCACCAGAAUAUCAGGCCUUGAUCUGUAUUCAGUCAAUAAAUCAAUGAAGAAAAUAUCUCUACUUUGUUAACGUCAUUUCUACUGAUAGAAAUAUUGUGAAUUUUAUCCGAUGAAAGUUUAUAGGACCUGAUGAUAGCAAACAUACACUAAGGGUCAGACAAAGCCCUACCAAGUGUUUCUCGAGACUCAAAUUUAUCAUCUGAGUGUUCU